GGUCUCGGUAAACGGAGCCAGUCUCUCUCUCCGGUCUGAAGAGAAACGGAGGAAAAAGAAACGGGAGAGGAACCGGAGCGACUGAGACCCGAACCGUCCGUGUGUCUGAGCUGAAGACAGGACGCGGCAGAAGUAGAGGAAGGAGAAGAAGAAGGAGAAAGAAAAGAAGAAGAAGAAGAAGGAGAGAAGCAGAAGAAGUUGCUCGGUAGUUUUCCCUCGCGCUCCAGAGGGUCUCGGUGCGGACAUGGAGCGGACCGGAACUUUCCUGCUGUCCGCGGCUCUUCUACUGCUUUCACUGGGAUUAACGGGCGCGCGAGCGGACACCUUCAAAGCCUGUCUUUCUGGCCAGUCUCCAGACUGCACUCUGGUCCAGUCCAAAGAUGACGACUUCGACUGGGAGCAAGGAGACACCCGAGACCGCCCGGCCAGCAACCCGUGGAUCCCUGCAGGGUCCUCCUUCCUGUUUGUGAACACAUCGGGUCGUUACAGCGGUCAGCGCGCCCAGCUGCUCCUGCCGCCACUCAAGGAGAACGACACGCACUGCGUCAGCUUCCUGUUUUACCAGGCGGGAGGCCGCGAGGGCGCCAUGCCUGCCACGCUCAAUGUCUACAUCAAAGAGAACAACAGUCCUCUGGGGGUUCCAGUCUUUAACUCUUCAGGCCCCGCCUACCACAUCUGGAAAGGGGUGGAGCUUGCCGUGUCCACCUUCUGGCCCAAUUACUACCAGGUGGUGUUCGAGGCGGUCAGCACCGGUCAGAGGGGAGUUCUGGCCAUCAAGGACAUCGUACUGCAGGGACACCAGUGCAUGAGCACACCUCACUUCCUGCACAUUAAAGGCGUGGAGGUGAACGCAGGACAGACGGCGACGUUUCAGUGCACCGUCAACGGACGACCGCAGAGCAACCUGCUUCUCUACCUGCAGGUACCCAUCAGGAGGUUCACAGGGUCUGUGACGGGGUUUCUAGUGAUCCUUGCUGAGGUUCCAGAGUUGUCUGAAGAGGUUCUAGUGAUCCUUACUGAGGAUCCAGAGUUGUCUGAAGAGGUUCUAGUGAUCCUUGCUGAGGAUCCAGAGUUGUCUGAAGAGGUUCUAGUGAUCCUUGCUGAGAUUGCAGAGGUGUCCGAAGAGGUUCUAGUGAUCCUUGCUAAGGUUACAGAGAUUUCUGAGGAGGUUCUAGUUCUAGUGAUCCUUGCUGAGGUUCAAGAGUUGUCUGGAGAGGUUCUAGUGAUCCUUGCUAAGGUUACAGAGGUUUCUGAGGAGGUUCUAGUGAUCCUUGCUGAGGUUGCAGAGUUGUCUGCAAAGGUUCUAGUGAUCUUUGCUGAGGAUCCAGAGGUGUCUGAAGAGGUUCUAGUGAUCCUUGCUGAGGUUGCAGAGUUGUCUGAAGAGGUUCUAGUGGUUCUACAGUGUAAUGCCUGCCGUGCAGCAGCUGAGUCCUCAGAGCCUCCUGUACCGAUCGCCCCUCCUCAGCUCACAGCGGUGGGCGCUACCUACCUGUGGAUCCAACUCAACGCCAACUCCAUCAACGGAGAUGGACCAAUCAUUGAGAGAGAGGUGGAGUACCGCACCAUGUCGGGCAUGUUGAUCGACACCACGCCCGUCGACAAGCCCACCCACAAGAUCGGACACCUGGACCCCGACACCGAGUACGAGAUCAGUGUGCUGCUCACCAGGCCCCUGGAUGGAGGCACAGGAAACCCUGGACCUCCGCUCAGAGCCAGAACCAAGUGUGCAGAUCCGAUGCACGGACCGCGGCGCCUCGAGGUUGUCGACAUUCAGUCCAAACAGGUGACGGUACGAUGGGAACCAUUUGGAUACAAUGUGACCCGCUGCUACAGCUACAACCUGACUGUACAGUACCGCUACAGACCUGCAGCGGCCCCCAGCAGGGAGCCGGUGAAGGAGGAGGUGGUGUACGACACUCUGAGCACCGUGCCGCAGCACGUCGUACGUAACCUUCCACCGUUCACCAACGUCAGCCUGAGACUUGUCCUGAGUAACCCCGAGGGACGCAAGGAGAGCGAGGAGCUGCUGGUGCUGACGGACGAGGACGUUCCCGGAGCCGUCCCGGUGGACUCAAUCCUCGGCAGCAGCUAUGAGCAGCAGAUCAGUCUGAGCUGGAGAGAACCGCUGCAGACCUACGGACUCAUCCGGCAGUACGAGAUCUCCUACAAAGCACUGAGCUCCUUCGACACAGAGUUCGACCUGUCCAAUCAGAGCGGCAAGGUGUUCAAACCGGCCAAUGAGACGAGCCAUGUGUUCACCGGACUCUACCCAGGCUCCACGUACUCCUUCACAAUAAGAGCGUCAACAGUUAAAGGCUUCGGACCCCCGGUCAUCACCCAGUUCACCACCAAGAUCUCAGCUCCUCUGAUGCCGGCGUACGAUCAGGAGUCUCCUCUCAAUCAGACGGACUCCUCUGUCACGGUCCUGCUGAAACCAGCUCAGAGCCGAGGAGCUCCAGUCAGUAAGUACCAGGUGGUGGUGGAGGAGGCGCCCCGCAGGCAGCGCAGAGGUACUGCAGAGAUCCUGCGCUGUUAUCCGGUGCCCAUUCACUUCCAGAACGCCACGCUGCUCAACUCCCAGUACUACUUCAGCGCAGAGCUGCCGAUGAGCGAGCUGAGAGCGCCGAUGCCCUUCUGUAUCGGUGAUAACAGGACCUACAGCGGUUACUGGAACGCUCCUCUGCUGCCUCAUAAGAGUUAUGGGAUCUACUACCAGGCUGUUAGCACUGCUAACGGGGAGACAAAGAUCGACUGUGUGCGGGUGGCCACUAAAGCCGCUAUAAUCGUCACCCAGCUCACCACGCCGUACAUUCGCAUCGCGCCGGCGGCUGGCGACAAGCAGCUAACAGGAGCUGCGACCAGGAAACCAGAACCAGAACAGGAGAAACAGUCGGACCACACAGUGAAGAUCGCUGGAGGCAUCGCCGGCAUCUUGCUCUUCAUCAUCAUUUUCCUUGGAGUCAUUCUGUUGAUGAAGAAACGACGAAGAAAUUAUCACUCCUACACUUACUACCUGAAGUUGGCGAAGAAGAGGAAGGAAACUCUGAGCUCCAGACAGGAAAUGACUCUGAUGGUCAACAGCUCCCAACACACAACCAUGGUGGACACGCACACGCUGAACGGACGCACUGUGUCGUCUCCGUCCUCCUUCACCCUGAAGUCAAACACCAUCAGCACCACCGUCCCCAACUCCUACUACCCAGAUCCCUUCGUACCGACGGCCAUUCUGGUGCCCAUUAAUGACGACAGUCACACUAUGACCAGUGAAACCAGCAGCCUGGUCCAGUCCCACUACAAGCAGAGGGAGUCGGAGCGCGAGGCGCUGCCCUAUCAGACGGGUCAGCUGCAUCCGGCCAUCCGAGUGGCCGACCUGCUGCAGCACAUCACCCAGAUGAAAUGCGCCGAAGGUUACGGCUUCAAGGAGGAGUACGAGGUCUGGCUGCCUGCUAGCGGGCUGCCCUCAGGGCUAAUCCAUUAUACAUACUGA